CUGCCGGGGGCUGGAGCUCGAGCGCGCUGCGGCCGCGCCGGGAGGAAGCGCGUCUAGGUUGAGCGCAAAGUUUCCUUUUUCUGCUUUCUCGUCAAAACAGCUUCGCGGGCGAGGGGUGGAAAUGCCUCACUUCAGCUUGAAGAGGGCCGGGGGCCAAAGGGGUUGAAAGGAGCGCCGGCCCCACUUCCCGAAUCCGCGCCGCCGGCCAUGGGCAGCCGGGACCACCUGUUCAAAGUGCUGGUGGUGGGGGACGCCGCCGUGGGCAAGACGUCGCUGGUCCAGCGCUACUCCCAGGACAGCUUCAGCAAACACUACAAGUCCACGGUGGGAGUGGAUUUUGCUCUGAAGGUUCUCCAGUGGUCUGACACAGAAAUGGUGCGUCUCCAGCUGUGGGACAUUGCAGGCCAGGAGCGCUUCACCUCUAUGACACGACUAUACUACCGAGAUGCCUCAGCCUGUGUUAUUAUGUUUGAUGUUACCAAUGCCAUUACCUUCAGCAACAGCCAGAGAUGGAAACAGGAUCUGGACAGCAAGCUCACACUGCCCAAUGGAGAGCCUGUGCCCUGCCUGCUCUUGGCCAAUAAGUGUGAUCUGUCCCCUUGGGCAGUGAGCCGGGACCAGAUUGACCGGUUCAGUAAAGAGAAUGGUUUCACAGGCUGGACAGAAACAUCAGUCAAGGAGAACAAAAAUGUCACUGAAGCAAUGAGCUCGGAUCUACCUGCCUUUUGGAAUAUUGCCUGCCAGCCCUUCUGGUUUCUUUCCCAACUGGUGAAUAUUAGAGGCCUGAAACUCACUAAGGAAGGAAAUGAUUACAUUUAAUUAAUAUUUAAUAAUUCCCCUCUAUGUUCCUGUAGAUAAAGAAAAGGAAAGCAAUUAAGAUGAGGAAGAAGACCCUACCGUGGCCUUCCUAAUGAUAGCCACCCCACUUCCUCCAGGGUGUAUUUUUAUCUUACUUUUUUCCUCUUUUACUCGGCUCAAGAUUGCUCUGCAGAGCCAGUUUCUCCCUUACUCUUUACUUUUGCUUUUUUGAAUAAACUUUGCCACUGCUAAGAAAGGAGGAGACAAUUUGCAUGAAUGGAAAUGCAGUUGUACUAAAAAUAAUGAAGUCCUACCAUCUGGAUGCUGAUUUGUUGGUAUAUUCAUGUUCUAAACAACCUGUAAUCCUUCCUUACAGAUGUUUCCCUAUUUAAGGCUGGAUGCCCCCUACUGUUUAUCUGGUCUUUGGCCAAAAAAGAAAACCUAAGAAUUCCCUGCAGGGUGUUCUGAGAAACCGUAGGAGGGGCUGAGAACAGAGCUGUGGGGUAGUGAGUCCCCUGGCGUUGUGACUAAAUAAACAGGGGAGAAGAGAUCACAGGGCAGGGAAGGCCCCUGGGCAGUAAGUGGUAACUUGCGCUUUCCCACUACUAAAGAGCCAAAAUGAGUCACACUCUGCAGCGACCACCAAGGUGUAAUCAGGUUCCUCAUUGUUCUCCUAUUAGCCUUCAGAUCAGCUUUCUUCUUCAGGACACUCCCCCGUCUCACAUAAGGCUUUUCUGGCUGGUCCUUAUCCCUUUGUAGGCAGUGGACUGACUGCAUUUGACAUGAUUUAGGGCCGUGGUGAGAGGAUGUAAAAA